UCAUGUCGGAAAGAGGAGAAAAAACAACAAACGUUUGUGCGGAGGUGUGCGUUACUCUGUCAUGAGUGGUGCGGGCACUCGGGAUUUCGACAAGUGGGAGGAACCGUGAAGCCUGCUGGCCAGGAAAAAGAAGGGCAGAAAAAAGUUGUGAGAAGUUGUGUGAGCCUCGGAGGUGGAAACUUGGUUCACACAUCCGUCGGUUAACGGCCGCAGCUCGGACUCAGGGGGGCGGAAGAUGGCGCGGCGCCUCGGCCGUGCCACGUCUCGGUUUACUGAAGAAAUACAAACAUAUCACAAAAGGAUACCAGCGUUUGCAGUAUGGUUAUGUUUCUGUCUUCUUUUUCCUCCUGCCGCGGAGGCUGGACUCUACUCCCCUUCUGACCAAAUCAUCUUGUUAAAUCCGGAAAAUGUGGAGUCGGUUUUGGCCAACUCCACCGCUGCUAUAGUAGCCGAGUUUUACGCGUCGUGGUGCGGACACUGUGUCGCCUUUUCACCGGUGUACAAAAGCCUGGCGAGAGACAUAAAAGAGUGGAAGCCAGCCGUGGACCUGGCAGCUGUGGACUGUGCCGCACAGCAGAACAUCAAGCUCUGCUCUGCAUUCAGCAUCACGGGGUAUCCCACGUUAAAGUUCUUCCAUGCUUAUUCCAAGGCUGAUUCUAAAGGGGAGGCUUAUAAAGCUUUCCCUCGUGAUGUUCAGGGGCUCCGUCACAUCAUCAUAGACAAACUAGAAAACCAAGAGCCCUGGCCCCCUGCCUGCCCCCCACUGGAGCCCACCAGCCAAGCAGAGAUCGACAGCUUCUUUGAAACCAACAAUGUUCAACACCUGGCUCUCAUCUUCGAGAAAGCCUCAUCCUACAUCGGCAGAGAGGUAACCCUGGACCUGUUGCAGUUUGAAAAUGUUACAGUGCGCAGAGUCCUAAACACUGAGCAAGAUCUGGUUACCAAACUGGGAGUGACAGAGUUUCCAUCCUGCUACCUGUACUAUCCUAAAGGCAACUUCACUAGACUGAAAGUCAACAUUGAGGCUCGUACUUUCUACUCUUACGCCCUCCAGAGGCUGCCAGGGGUGGUGCGGUCAGGGAGGCCUCCGUUGGUCAACAUAGACCACCCCACCAACAGCACAGAGGAGCCCUGGAGACCCUUCAACAGGUCCAGGGUGUACAUGGCAGACCUGGAGUCAACACUGCACUACUCUCUGCGUGUGGAACUGGCUGCUCAUACUGUCAUCAGAGGAAAUGCUCUGAUUUCUCUCAAGAAGUACAUCUCUGUCCUGACAAAGUACUUUCCAGGCCGUCCAGUGGUGAUGAACCUUUUGAGGUCUGUAGACUCUUGGCUACAGAACCAGUCUGGUGGAGAGAUUACCUAUGAGGCACUACGGAAGAUACUGGAUAACUCUGCACAGUCUCCAGACACUGCUUUGCCUGAAGGAGUGAGGUGGGUGGGCUGUCAGGGUUCACAACCCCACCUGAGACGCUUCCCUUGCGGGAUGUGGACUCUCUUCCAUGUUCUUACUGUCCAGGCCAAGAGCACUAGCACUAGAGGCACAGAUCCCAAGGAGGUGCUGAGCGCGAUGAGAAACUAUGUCCGCAGCUUCUUCGGCUGCAGGCCGUGUGCCGAACACUUUGAGAACAUGGCAAGGGAGAGUAUGGUGGAGGUGGACUCGACGUCAUCAGCAGUCCUGUGGCUUUGGUCUAGACACAAUCGUGUCAACAACAGAAUCGCAGGUGCUUUGAGUGAAGACCCCAACUUCCCAAAGAUCCAGUGGCCUUCACCAGAAAUGUGCUCAGCCUGCCAUACAGUGAGGGAUAACGGGGACCACAAGUGGAACAAGGAGCAGGUUCUCCCCUUCCUCAUGUCCUACUUCUCAUCCAACAGGAUCCUCACAGACUACCUUGAAGAUGAAAGUCAGGUCCUGGCUAAACAAAGGGAAGCUUUAGCGGCUCAGAAACAUGGAGAGAGGAGAGCCAGGGAGGCCUUGGACUCCGUGACACAUCUUCUCCCAUCACAACCCACUGUGCAAGAAGAGGAGGAAGAGGAGGAGGAUGAGGGGACUCAAGAUGAGACAAUGGCAGAUGAAGAGGAGGAAGGUGGAGAAGGAGCACCAGCACCAGAUGAGAUGGGGGGUAAGACAUCUGAGCCGACCCCCUGGGCCAAACCUGAAAUGGAGUUGGGUCGAGGCCGGCAGCGGGCCCACAACAGGCCGAGCAUUGUAGGGAUGAGGAUGCGAGAGCCACAGGAGGACAUCGUGGAUCUCGACUCAUUUGUCAACCAGCAUUACAAGGCCAAGGCGCUGCGACUGGCUGCCUCCAGCCGGGUCAAACAACGCACCCUGCAGAGGAAGGUGGAGCAGGAACCCGGGCCUGUGUUCGGGCUCGGCAUGGAGAUGGAUGCAGGGCUCGGCAUGGUGGGCCUGCAGCCUGUAGAAGCAGACUUUGACCUGGAUGUGGGGAGGCAGAGAAAGCGGCUGCAGAAGCGAGAACUGAUAGGUCAGUACUAUGUUGAGGAGGCCGAGUUGAGCCACAGGGGACGCUGGAUGUCUGUGCUGAGCAUCGGAUUCUCCAAAGUGGACAUCAGCCUGUGUGUCAUUCUUUACUGCCUGUCCUCCAUGUGUCUUGUGGCCAUGUACCUUUUCUUCAAAAACCGUCUCAGGCUAAGGCGAGCUAAAGUAUCCCUGCCCUGAACCAAAGUGUUUCCUAAUUUGAGUCAGCAAUGAUUAACUUCCAUUAAGUCCAAGUAGGCUAAAGUUGGGUUAGUGUAAGGGGAUGUGUCAAGAUUAGUGCCAUUUUAUGUGGUCCACUUAACCGUUACCAGCAACCAAAGUAGACAACAGUGUGUUUCACCCUGAAUGUCGUAGAUGUAUUACGUCCAACUGGAGAAGGAGGAGAAGGGAAAAUUAGAUCAUCUUCUAGAUCUUUUGAUAAUUGGGUAAUUAUUCAAAUUCAGACUUAAUGUGGCCUCCAGAGCUUUUUAGGCAGCACCUCCGCUGUGGAAAAUCUGUGCAUGUAGCUGUAUGUUUCCAUGAGUUUGGUGUUUGUACUAACCCUGAUCAGUUUGUGCUUUUGAUUCUGUUUGACCACUUACAAAGGAUUAUGUUUUUAGUGAUUUUUGUUGCUUUAUUGUUGUCGUUUGUAUCUCACUGUACGGCGAUUCACCUCGAAACAGUACGUCCCUGUGACCCAAAAAAUUCAUAAUUUUUUGAUAUUUACACUUGAUAUUUACAGUUUGAACUAAAUUCUCAAAUAGGUGAUUUAAAAAAAAAAAUCUUUGCAGGUGUACUGUUUUCCCUCCAAUUUUGGGGAUUUGGAAUUGUUGUGUUUUUAAAUUUUUACAUUUAUAUAUUUAAUUUAAUAAUCAGAUGGUUAAAUAAAAACAAUCCCAGUCCCUAAAGGCUCUGUGGUUGCAUCAUAUUGUUGAAUACUGUGACUGGUCCACACUAACUUUCACCACCAGAGAUCCGCCUUUUGUUCUUCACCACCUUCGAGGUGGCUUACUGUACAAUACACUGAGCAUUAUGUCACGUCUUUUGAAUAUUACAUCACACUGCUGAGUCCACAUAACAGCCACUCUGGGUGUUUUUGAAGUGUUGUGGAGCGACGCAUAUGUUCACACUGGACAAGGUUUUAGAAUAAGCAGGAUUUGUUUUUGGCUUGUGUCCACGAUGUAAAGCUUUGGCUGGUCAUCUCAAAAACACUGUGUUUUUUUCCGUUUGCUUCUUUGCUUCUGUCUGAAUCAAUAAAAUUAUUUUUGAUAAGGAC